AUGUCUUUGGACUUUGCCUUUGCUCACGCUGUGAAUCUCGCAGAGGCCGGGACGACUGUGAAGGAUAAACGGAUUGGAUAUCUCUUUUGCUCUGAACUCAUGCCGCCAAACCAUGAACUACAGCUCAUGCUAGUGAACACCCUGCGCAAGGAUCUCGAAAGCGCUGCCGUCCCGCGCAUAUGCCUUGCGCUUGACUCGCUCAUCCAGUUCUCUACUGAAGACGUAAUUCCAGCAAUUCAAGCUCGCUUGGCAGAUCUGGUAUCUCACAGCUCGCCUCACAUUCGACGGCGAGCACUGUUCGUCUUCCACAAGCUAUCAAAGCACGAUGGCAACAUUCUCAAGAUGGUCAUGGGCAAAAUACCAGCGCGAUUGAAGGACUCGGAUCCUUUGGUAGCUAGUGCAGGUCUCACGGUGUGCGUGGAUCUGGCUCAGACCUCGAUUUACACGCUCGAAUAUUAUCACACGUUAUUGUCCAAAUUGCUGACAUCAUCGUGGAGUGACGACGUAAAAUCUACGACGAGCCUGCUCCUCAAUAAGCUGCUAAAGGCUCUGCAUACAUUUUCACUGUCUCAGGAUAACUUGCGGACUAUUCUUCAAAUUCUUCGUAUGUCAUCACAAGGGCGCCUUUCGGGCAAUGGUGUUCUGUAUCAGUGCUUCCUUUCGCUGCUAAAUACGUCGACGGAAAAACUGUUGUUAGCGCAAACGUCCUUUGGGGUGACGUUUGUCUCAGCGAUUCGUAGUCUUCUCACGUCCAACAAGCCCAAUGAUGUCUACAUCUUUCUGUCGUGUCUUGAGUGCUUAGAUCCACAGCUAUGGGCGGGCACAAAAGUCGGAACCCCUGCUGUGCUGGAGGAAUGGGAAGUGGAGAAGGUGAUGACGCUGCUCAACUUGGAUGAUCAAUACAUUCGCAGAAAGACGCUGCGUAUACUGCAACGUAUAGAUCCCGGCCUUGUGGAAGGGUAUUACUCGCGGAAACUUGAGAGCAUCUCAUUAACAGUUUCGCAAGACAUCGAUGGGCUCUCAGCGAGAUUACUGGAGAUAAUCGGCGUAAUGUCAGGCGAGGAUGGUGAGACGUACGCACAGCAUGCACAGAGCAUGCUGCUUGUAGUACAACAGGAAGCAGAUCUGGAACAACGACCGAUCCUGCAAGACACAGUUGAGGUGAUACUUACAAAGAUUCAGAAUGCGCGAAUCGACUUCAGAAGCGGAUGCAUUGGUGUUUUUUUCUCUCGCCUCGUGGAGACGGGUGUUCCAAUUGUAUCAACAAUGAUGGUCGUUCUUGCUGCCCUUGUGGCGGAAUUCUUAAACGUGUGUGCUAUAUCUCCUGUGAAGCUAAUGGAAGCAUUUGCAGAGCGGGUGUCCCUAUAUCCUGCUUCCAUCCAAGAUGUUAUUCUGUUAUGUAUCAUGCGUAUCGCCGCGGAAUGCGACGAAAUCCCUCUCAAAGUGAUCGAAAAUGUGAGGUCGUUGCAUGGUCGCAGUGGACGAUAUAUCAGACGACGAUGUGAUCAGUUUUUGAAAUUUUUGACCCAUAAGGGAGCUUUCAAGGAUGUGUUGACAGCUGCGCGAUCGUCUUCGCUUCCAGAUUUUCUAGCCGCGUUAGAUAUCCACGAAGCAGUCACUCGCACCAUCGAGACCCGUUCACAGUCUCGCCACUCCUCUACGUCACAAGAGCGUUCAAUGCCACGUAGUAAUAAGCUACGUUAUGACGCAUAUGAGGCACCUAAGCUCCCACAUCGGCGCAGGCGUUUGAGCAGUGGCGGUAUUUCACAUGUCUCCGACGAUAACAACUCUGGUUUUUUGGGACAAGAUCGUGAUUCGCCGGAUCGACUUGCUAGAAUUGUCACUCCUGGAGACUUGGCAAUCGCUGCUGGUGAGAGAGAUCUGGAGGCACUAUCGAUUGGAUCACCUCUGCCCACUGUACCUUCUCUGGAUGAAGAUGACUCAGCCACUCGAGUUGACCUGAUUGCCCUUGAUUCACCGUUCAUGUCAGAGCCAGCGCCCUCGACGUCUACAGCGUCGAAUACCGCAGAGACGGAAUUUGAGUCUAUAUGGGACAGCCUUCAAAAUUUUAAUGCCCGUGGCUGGUGCGAGAUGUCCGUCACCGAUGUUGUACAGCGGCUUCGGAGCAUGCAACAGAAUGUCAGAGUGAUAUUAGACAUCCAGGAGCCUUUCAGAGGUGAAACAAAAGUGAUUAUAUCGCGGACUUCCGAUCUCAACAUAACUGAUAACAAUGCUGUUCUUCGACUCAAAACAAACGAUGAUGAAAGUUGUCUUUGGCAACUUCGAUGUCGCGAUGAAAGUUUACGCUUUGGCGUCAAAGAGCUCUUGUCAGAGACAUAG